GUUGUCUUUCAGUACCCUCUCUCUCUCUAGUACAACAAUUCAAACAUUGCCAAAAUCAUUCAAUACUUAAUCCUAUUUAAAACCAUACAAAUUCCUUCAAAUGGCUCACCCCUCCCUCUUUAAUUCCAAUGGCUCGAUCUCUUCUUUUCCUCUCUCUUUUCCUCAUUCUCCUCAUCUCCGCCUCCGCCCACGGCGGCCACGCCGACGACGAAGACGCCGACUCGUCUUUGUCUUCCGAUAAGCCGAACCUGCGAUCGAGACCGUUAAUUCUGGUGAAGUUAUGGUGUUUGAUUCUAGUAUUUGUCGGAACCUUCAUCGGAGGUAUAUCACCCUACUUCAUGAAAUGGAACGAGGGGUUUCUGGUGGUCGGGACGCAAUUUGCCGGCGGAGUGUUCUUGGGCACGGCUUUGAUGCAUUUCCUGAGCGAUUCGAACGAAACGUUUGCGGAUUUGACCAGUAAACAGUAUCCAUUUGCUUUCAUGUUGGCGUGUGCUGGCUAUUUGCUCACUAUGCUCGCCGAUUCUGCCAUUUCUUAUGUUUAUGGAAAACAGGGGACUGAAUCUAAUGGCGAUGUCGAGCUUCAAGGAGGUGUUCAGAAUGGUAAAAGCAAUCCCGAUGAGAGGACUUCACAAUCACAGUUGCAGUUCCAUGAAAACACAGAUGGUCAUCUUCAAAAAGUCCCGCUUGCAACUGCUAGUUCACUUGGAGAUAGCAUCCUGUUGAUUGUUGCCUUGUGUUUCCACUCUGUUUUUGAGGGCAUUGCGAUUGGAGUCGCAGAGACAAAAGCCGAUGCUUGGAAAGCUCUCUGGACAGUCUGUCUGCACAAGAUAUUUGCAGCCAUUGCAAUGGGAAUAGCUCUCCUCAGGAUGAUUCCAGACCGUCCCCUCUUAUCAUGUGCAGCCUAUUCCUUUGCAUUUGCCAUUUCAAGUCCAAUCGGUGUGGCCAUUGGAAUCAUAAUAGACUCCACAACUCAGGGUGCUGUGGCAGACUGGAUUUACGCCAUAUCAAUGGGUCUAGCUUGUGGUGUGUUCAUCUAUGUGUCCAUAAACCAUCUGCUAUCUAAGGGUUACACACCCCAGAAGUUGUCGUUGGUCGAUGCUCCACAUUACAAGUUUUUGGCUGUUUCGUUGGGCAUUGGAGUGAUUGCGGUGGUGAUGAUCUGGGACUGAGAGCUCAUGCGGAAUUGUUUGCCUGUUUAAUUCUUAGACCAAUUCUUCUCACACGAGCAGACAUUGGUUCUUAAUUACAGAAACACAGAUUGAUUAGCUCAAUAUACAAGACAGAGCACUGUAAUUUUUGAUGGUUGUAAUUUUAUCAAUUAUAUAGCAUAGACGAUUAAUAUGUGUUUUGAGUGA